AUGGGCUUUCGUUCUGAUGAUGUCUAUCAUAGUGGGGCAGGCGAAGGAUUAGCACAUUUUCAUCCGGGUCAGAGGACGAUGGGCCGAGGACUUCUUCGUACAAUUCAACAGUCUUCUUUACGCGGCAAUGCUCCUUCUGAUUCCGGUGAUACCACAUCAAUUAUUGCUUCCAACCAACUUUUCCUUCUAAAUGGAAAGAAACUUAACUCUCAUGUUUUCAUCCAGAUUAAGCGACUUAAGUAUACUUCACCGGAAAAUCUGCUCUAUUACAGCCCAGAAGAAGAUAGCAAAAUUAUGGUGAGCGAUUUCGGCUUGUCAAAAAUCGAAGACAGUGACUCGAAUAUGGCUACAGCUUGUGGUACUCCGGGCUAUGUGGAUUUAGUUCUGAUUAUCUUCAGCUGCUGA